AUGCCUCGAAAAUUGAUGAAAUUUUUGAUUCUAUUUGACAAUACGAAUCUCUUGUACUUUCCUGGGCAAUUCCUAAGUGGACGAGUUCUAUUAGAAUUGCAAGAAGAUACACCAGCUUUAGGAUUGCACUUUCAUGUGGUCGGUGAAGGUGUCGUGACUGCUAGAACAGCUCGUCAAGAGCGCACAUACGAUAAAGAAAAUUACAUUGAUUUUCGAAUGAGAUUAUUGGGUGACAAUGAUUCAGGACCGACAAUAUUAUCACCCGGCAUACACUCAUUUCCAUUUAAACUCGGUCUCCCCUUGGGUCUCCCAUCGACUUUUCUCGGGAAGCACGGAUGGAUUCAGUAUUAUUGUAAAUGCGCAUUACGUGAGCCAUCAGGUUUAAUUCACAAAAAUCAUCAAAUUUUCAUCAUCAUGAAUCCGAUUGAUUUAAACAUCGAGGAACCAGCAUUAGCAGAGCCAUUUAGAUGUGAAAUUGAACCGACGUUGGGUGGUUUAGCAUGUAUUGGAUCUGGAACUGUAAAAUGUAAAAUCGAAUUGGAUCGGGGAGGUUACGUGUCAGGAGAAACGAUUCACAUCAACGGAUAUGUUAGGAAUUUCAGUAAAGUUACAAUACGUCAUACGAAAAUAAUUCUACUCGAAACAAUCAAUUAUCUGUCACGUGGAAAAGCUGUUCAAGUUGAAAAACGUGAAAUUGCAUCAAUCAAAGGACCCAAAAUACGUCCCAAUAGUCGUGAUGAAUUUGUGAACAAAAAGCUUUACAUUCCACCUUUACCACCCACAAAUAUACGCAAUUCAAAUUUGAUUCAAUUAAAUUAUGAUGUCUAUGUGAGUUUUAUUUUAUUGUUGAAUUAUUUUUAGCAUGCAAUUUGCUUUGUUAUUAAUGGAUGGAUGUUGGGGUACACUUUGUCUAUU